UUUCGGAAGCGCUCCAAUUUAUCUUCCCCCCGGGUCGGAGGCGGGGAUGAAGGCGGAGAAAAUAUCCGUAUUCGUUUCUUAGAGUUGCGACGGUUCUCUUCAGAAAUGGCGGGGAUUUGUUUCGAGGCGGAGGCUUCGGCGCCGGCCGCCUCUUGCGAGCCCAGCCCGCGCACGGCCACGGCGAGGCGGCGGAGGAUGGAGAUCCGGCGGUUCAGAUUCAUCGCUGGCGCGGAGUCGAAGGGGCCUGAUAAGGAGUUCAACCGGAAGAGACAGAGGUUGGACUGCUCUGUUUCCCCUCCGGCGGUGCUGCAGAAGGGUUUCGGUAGCGAAGAGGAAGGCACCGGAGAAGGGAAGGUGUUGGAGUCGAAUUUGAAUGGGAGGAGCUCGAGUGCGGGACUUCCGGAGGCGAGCUCGUUGGAAUCGGUGCCCUCCGAUCGGUGCCCGAGAUACGGGGUGACCUCCGUAUGCGGCCGGAGGAGGGACAUGGAGGACGCCGUCUCCGUCCGCCCGGAUUUCCUCCGGCGAUUUAGCGGGACUCGGGAGAGAUACCAUUUCUUCGGUGUCUUCGACGGCCAUGGAUGCUCGCAUGUGGCCGUAUCGUGCAAGGACCUGAUGCACGAGUUGGUGGCGGAGGAGAUGGAGAGCGUGAGACCGGUUCCACCGCCACCGGCGGAGGAGUGGAGGGAGGUGAUGGAGCGGAGCUUCUCGCGGAUGGACGCGGCGGUGGGGAGGUGGGGUGGCGCGCCGCAGAACGCCAGCUGCCGGUGCGAGAUGCAGACGCCCAAGUGCGACCAUGUCGGCUCCACCGCGGUGGUAGCCGUGGUAGGCCCCAAUCAUAUCGUCGUCGCUAACUGUGGCGACUCCCGCGCCGUUCUCAGCCGGAACGGCGUCCCCAUCCCCCUCUCCUCCGACCACAAGCCGGACCGGCCGGACGAGCUGGAGCGGAUUCAGGCGGCGGGGGGGCGAGUGAUCUACUGGGACGGGGCGAGGGUUCUCGGGGUCUUGGCCAUGUCCCGAGCCAUCGGGGAUAGUUAUCUGAAGCCAUAUGUGACAUCGGAUCCGGAGGUGACGGUGACUGAGAGGGAGGAGGGGGACGAGUGCCUCAUACUGGCCAGCGACGGGCUGUGGGACGUGGUCACCAACAAGAUGGCAUGCGACAUCGCUCGGAUGUGCCUCAGCGCACCACCGACGGAGGGGAGUGGGUCGAACAAAGCGUGCUCCGACGCCGCGAUGCUACUGACCAAGCUGGCGCUGGCGAGGCAGAGCGCCGACAACGUCAGCGUGCUCGUCAUCGAUCUCAGGCGGAACUCGUAGCUGCUGUUGCUGAAGAGGACACGGGUUGGGCCUAAAAUAGAAAGUUUAGGUUCAAAAAUCUUCAAACAGAAGUGUAAUUGUCUGAACUUCGUUCUUCUUUUUUUCUUUUUCUUUUUUUUCAAAGAUAUGGUUGAUGGUGGUACCGCUAUGGUUCCGGUGAAUAUCUGAACCAUGGAGCUGGUGGCUGUGGGAAGGAAGGGGAAAGGAGGGAAAUGAUAAAUUGAGAGAUAAAGAAAGAUGGAUGUGGAUUUUUUUUUCCUUCCCGAGUUGGAUAAGAUAAUUAAUGUCCAAAUUCAGGAAGCCAUCCCUUUUCUUUUCCCCCUUUAACGUAUGAGCAUGAAUGGAAGAGGAUUAGGUAUUGUCUUCGAUACGAGAAGCGUCGGAGGCUUAGAAGACAUUUAUUCAAUUUCGAGACGGGUCGUUUGUAGCAGGAUCCUGAGGAACUGCCGCAAUGUUUUCAAAUGGAGAAUACGUUUUGGAACGGAAAGGAAAAAAUUGUUCUGCGGUCUUCUCGUCCGUACCAGGUUGAGGGCGCCGAAGGUGGUGGUGUUCGCAGAUCCGUUUCAUAAAAGGCAAUACGGCCAGAACAUGUACCUGCUCCGCAUGCUCCUGGAGUCUCUAGCUAUGGCUCUAGAAAAAAUGGGUUGAGAAGCCAAUCGUUCUAAA